AUGGCUGAGAACACUGUGGACGACUCCCAGGAGGAGAACUGGCAAGCGUUGCCUGCUGUGCCAACCCGCGUCCGGUCUAUCCAGAUGAAAGCGUGUUUAGCAUGUCGCAGGGUCAAGAUGAAAUGUCGCCUUCAAAGUGGCGAGACAACAUGUGCUCGCUGCGCUCAGAAGUCAAUUGAGUGUAUCGUCUUAGAGCACCGCAGAGGCAGAAAACCUGGUACAAGAAUUACAAGAAAAAGCGUUGUCGGAAACAAUGACAAGAUAAGCCCCAACAGUGCGAUGACUUCUAGAAGUGGCGCCGAAGAGCACGGCGUUGCUCAAUCGAGAUUUGAUGCAUACAGCAAGCCACAAUUCUCCGCAGAGACAUCCGGUCUCCAGCCAUCAGAGCUACUCAACCAUGAAGCAAUGAGAGGGAAAUUCUCUAUGCAGAGGAUUCUUGAUACCCAGCUUGAAAGAGCCGAUAAUGCCAUGCCCGAAAGAUCAUUCCAUCAGCCUGCACAAGAUGCCGUCGAAGUUGGCCUUGUGAGUCAAUCUAUCGCUGAGCAUUUGUUCAAAAGCUUCAUGGAUAUACUCAAUCCUUAUAUAAGUCAGCUAGAUCCGGACCUGCACACAUUUUCAUAUGUGCGGCAUAAAUCGCCAUUCUUGCUUGGCUCAAUACUCGCCGUUUCGUCCAAGAUGUUUAAUCCGUCUCUAUAUAAACGCCUCUACCGAUACGCAGAGGACCUCUUUCUCGAAAAUUUCCGAGUCGGCCUCAAGUCCACCGAGACCGUACAAGCCAUUUUGAUGUUGACCUACUGGAAAGAGCCUGAAGAUACCCGAUCUUGGGUUAAUUUAGGCUAUGCUAUCCGGAUAUGUAUGGAUCUGGGAUGGCACAAAAUAAGCCCCCGUACAAUAAGAGACCGCAGCGGAAUGAACUCCACAGAAUUGCGAGAAGCACGCAAUAUUGAACGGACCUGGUUCGUACUAUUUGUAUAUGAUCGCAGUCUAAGUCUCCAAACUGGAAAACCUUGGAUGAUCGAGCGAAGCGGAUUCAUUGAAAGCAUUGAGCAUUGGAGCAAGGAGCAAACGGCUACGGCAAAUGAUACGCUUCUAGCUGCUUUUGUGACACUUCGCCUUUUGACGUCCGAGGUCUUUAAGUUGCUUGGCCCAUCUCGCCACGUCAGCUCGUUCGCAAACACCAAAUCUUUUCUUACUAUAAUUGGCAAUCGCAUCGACGAAUGGGAAGACAAAUGGAUACAAGCAUGUGGAGAUGUAUUUGAUGGCGAAUCCAGCCUUGAUUCUCGCCCACGAGAUUGGACUAUCCUCCUGCACUGGGCCUUGCCAAUCCUUACUGAUUUGUUGAACGACGACGUCAAGAACGACUUGCCGAGCGCGAUAUGCAACCCGUAUUUGGAUUUCAAUGCCGACGUGGAAUGUCUCCCAUGUUACAACGGUAAUACAGGCGAGCUUCUAUUCAAAAGUCCACUGCCAGGAUCUAGACGCAUCUCACGUCAGCGCUUGCGCAAAGUCUUGAGUAAAGGACUGGACAUCAAAUGGGGCAAAAAAGUCGUACAGAUCGAGUUUCCUUCCGAGGAUGAAAAUGGAGGAGCAAAAUACGAGAGCCCUGUCCAGCUUGUUUUCGAUGACGGGAACACCGACGCUGCCGACUUCGUCCUGGCUGCCGAUGGAGCUUCGUCAACCAUACGCGAGUUACUGCUUGGCCCUGAGGCAGCCCGUGUUCAACUUGCUGGCUUCAUGUUUGCUACAGGUGUCACCAAUUAUCAUGAUGCAGACAAAGUUGCCGCUGUGGUUAAAGCUCACCCGGUCGCUGCAAUCACACUGGGAAUGGAGUCCGUAGCGGGGUGCGGAGUUCUGCAUGUAGAAGACAAGGAUGACAUGUCCACGUGGACGACAUUUUGGACGAAAAUAUGGCGUGGAACCUCGGCCGAACUGCCUAAAGGGAAAAACAUGGUGGAAUACAUCAAGGAUAAUACCAAGAAUCUAUGCGAACCAUUUCAGUCGCUGAUUGACUGGACGCCCCCAGACAGCGCAUGCUACAUCGAUGAAAUGAAGUCGUGGGUCCCAGUACCAUUCGAUAACCAUGCCGGAAGUGUGACCCUCGUCGGAGAUGCAGCCCAUCCUAUGCUUCCUUAUCGCGGUCAAGGAUAUCAACAUGCGAUCACGGAUGUCAAGAACUAUGUCGACGCUCUUGUAAAAAUCAGAGACGCACCAGAAAUCAACGACAGGCGGGAAGUCAUGUCUGCGUUCGACUCGGAAAUGAUUGAACGAACUGGGAACGCAGUUAAGCAGUCUUUGCAAGAGGCCGAGUACUCGAUGAACAUCGAGACCGUCAGCAAAAUGCUAAUGGCUACUCAUGGGCAUGGUCGGUCGGCUUAG